AGCGGACAAUCAAUAUUUUACCAUGUUAUGUCCGUUAUAAUAUUAUUAUAUCUUCACCGUACCGGUGAAAAAAUGUUUUUUCGUAUACCGAAACUACGACACUUUCGAGUAUGGUAUAUAAAGGAGAGAACGUUAUCGUAUUCGAAUCGAAAACUCAAGACGGAUGCAAUGUUACUGAACCGUGAAGACCUCCUACAGUUAAUAACUCUAGAAAAUAGGAUUAUGCAGAACAUCGCACGUUUAGAAGAAACGAGAAAAGCAAGUAUAACAUUAAGAGAUAAAUAUAAUUUUGAGGAUAUUUCAUUCCCCACACCACUCGCGGAUAUUUCAAAAUUCGAAAAAAAUAACCCGUACGUUUCUGUAAAUGUGUACGGUUUAGAAAAAAAUUUCAUCCUCCUCGUAAAUAUCUGUCUUAUGAAGUUUUCCCGCUACGUGUUUCCGUUACUGAAAAAGUCAACCAUUUCGACCUGUUGCUGACGACUAAUGAAAACGGUUCUCAUUUUAUUUAUAUCUCAAAUAUGUCUAGACUCAUUAGAUCACAGAAAACCACCCACACUGAGAGCAUCGUGUUUUGUAAACGGUGUUUUACAACAUUUGAUGACAAAAGGCAUACAUAUAAGUUGAGUGGUAUGAAAGCAUUAGAACAGCAUAAAUUAAUUUGUGGGACACACAAACCUAUUCUACCCGUGAUGCCGAAAGAUGGGGACUGCGUUAAAUUCAAUGCGUGGGGAAAUACAGAUAGACACCCAAUUGUCAUAUAUGCAGAUUUUGAAGCGCUGCUUCCGAAGAAAUAUGAGGAGAAGGGGGGAAAUACAAGGAUAAUAAAUAAUCACGAAGCGAUGAGUUAUGGGUUUUUAGUGAAGGCGAGUGAUGACGUACCGGCUAGUCUUUUGAAGGAGCAUGGCAUACCGACGGGGCCGGUAAUUUAUCGUAGAAAUGAAAACAAACCGCACGUUGCAAAACAUUUUUUGGGGAAGAUUGUGGAAGUGGGGAAGAAGAUUGAGAAGUUGUUAAAGACGAACGUACCAAUGAUUAUGACGGAAGAUGAAGAAAAAAUAUUUUCAGAGUGUAAGGAGUGUAAUUUAUGUAAAAGAGCCGUAGAAGGAGUCGAUAAAGUUAGAGAUCACAACCAUCUGACGGGUAAAUUUAGGUAUACUUUGUGUUUAGGAUGUAACCUAAAGUUACAGCAGCCCAAAUUUAUCCCGUGUUACUUCCAUAACCUCUCUAAUUACGACUCUCACUAG